GGGCUGGGGCCGGGGGUCGGGUCAGGUGGAGCGGAGGAGGAACGGUGAGCGGAGUGGAACCGAGGUGCCGGACCAUGGACGUGAAGCGGCUUAAGGUGAACGAGCUCCGGGAGGAGCUGCAGCGGCGCGGGCUCGACACGCGCGGCCUCAAGGCUGAGCUGGCCGAGCGGCUGCAGACGGCACUGGAUGAGGCCGCUGCCGCCGAGGCUGAGGCGGAGCCGGAGCCGGAGCCGGAGCCGGAACCCGAGCCCGAGGCGGAACCGGAGGCCCAGCCUGAGCCGCCCGCGCCAGCCCCCGAGCCGCCGCCGGGACUCCCGUCGGGGCCGCCACAGGACGUCCAGGAGACCCCUCGGGCCGAGCCGCCGCAGCCCGUCCCGGAGGUCGCAGACCCAGAUGGAUCCUGCGAACCCCUCCAAGCUGCAGAGCCCGCGGGCCAAGAAGAUGUCACUGGCAACACAGCAGAACAGAAUCAAUUUUAUGAGACCACAAAUGUCCAUCAGGAGAAGAAAACUGGUUAUGAGAGUAAGCCUCCAGAGCUGGAGCUGGAACAGCAGCUGCCUUCCUACCCAGUUGAAGUAAAGCCUGGGAUAAAGAAGGAAGACUCCUUUGCCGGUUUCCCCCCUUCUAAUCCUUCACAGCCUCAGCUGUCCAAUAGACAUCAUUACCAGAGUCGCAAAAGGCCUUUUGAAGACAACCGGGGACGUGGUUACUAUGAACACCGAGAGGAUAAAAGGGGCCGUUCGCCUCAGCCGCCUGCUGAAGAGGACGAGGAAGAGUUUGAUGACACCCUUGUCGCCAUCGACACGUAUAAUUGCGAUCUUCACUUCAAAGUAGCCCGAGACCGGAGUAGUGGCUACCCACUCACCAUUGAGGGAUUUGCAUAUCUGUGGUCUGGUGCCAGAGCCAGUUAUGGGGUCAGGAGGGGCCGAGUGUGCUUUGAGAUGAAGAUCAAUGAAGAAAUCUCUGUGAAGCACCUUCCUUCCACAGAGCCUGAUCCCCAUGUUGUGCGAAUCGGCUGGUCGUUGGAUUCUUGCAGCACACAGCUAGGUGAAGAGGCAUUUUCUUAUGGUUAUGGGGGCACUGGAAAAAAAUCUACCAACAGCAGAUUUGAAAACUAUGGGGACACGUUUGCUGAAAAUGAUGUAAUUGGCUGUUUUGCGGACUUUGAAUGUGGGCAUGAGAUAGAGCUUUCUUUCACCAAGAAUGGGAAGUGGCUGGGCAUAGCCUACCGCAUCCAGAAAGAUGCCCUGGGCGGCCAGGCACUCUACCCCCAUGUUCUCGUGAAGAACUGUGCCGUGGAGUUCAACUUUGGCCAGAGGAGAGAGCCCUAUUGUUCCAUCAUCCCAGGGUUCACCUUCAUUCAGCACGUGCCUGUGGGAGAGCGAAUUCGGGGAACCAUCGGACCAAAGAGCAAAGCAGACUGUGAGAUUCUGAUGAUGGUGGGCUUGCCAGCGGCCGGCAAAACCACGUGGGCUGUCAAGCACGCAGCUGCCAACCCUACCAAGAAAUACAACAUCCUAGGUACCAACGCCAUCAUGGAUAAAAUGCGGGUGAUGGGCCUCCGCCGCCAGCGCAACUACGCCGGCCGAUGGGACGUCCUCAUCCAGCAGGCCACUCAGUGUCUGAACCGCCUCAUCCAGAUAGCCGCCCGCAAGAAACGCAACUACAUCUUAGACCAGACAAAUGUUUAUGGAUCAGCCCAGAGACGAAAAAUGCGUCCUUUUGAAGGCUUCCAACGCAAGGCUAUUGUCAUUUGCCCCACGGACGAGGACCUGAAAGAUCGGACGAUAAGACGCACGGAUGAGGAGGGGAAGGAUGUGCCUGAUCACGCUGUGUUAGAAAUGAAAGCCAACUUCACACUGCCCAACGUCGGGGACUUUCUGGAUGAAGUCCUUUUCAUUGAACUCCAACGGGAGGAGGCUGACAAACUGGUCAAACAGUACAAUGAAGAAGGCAGGAAGGCCGGACCUCCUCCGGAGAAACGCUUUGACAGUCGUGGCGGCAGCAACUCGGGAGGCUUCCGGGGCCGGGGGGGUGCUGGGGGCUUCCAGCGAUAUGACAACCGAGGACCACCUGGGAGCACUCGCGGGGGCUUCCAGAACCGAGGCGGCGGCAGUGGCGGUGGUGGUGGUGGUGGCGGCGGCGGUGGCGGCGGCGGCAGCUACCGAGGAGGUUUCAACAGAGGUGGGGGUGGCAGCAAUAACAGUGGCGGGGGCUACCCCCAGAACCGCUGGGGCAGCAAUAACCGGGACACCAGCUCCAACAAUCGAGGUGGCUACACACGGGCCCCUCAGCCACAGAGCUACCCCCCCGCCAGGAGCCAGCCCCCCAGCGCCGGCGGCAACACCGGCCCCAGCGUCACCAGCUACAAAAGCAGCAACAUCCCCACCUCGGGGGCCGGCAGCGGCAGCAGUAACCCUCCUGUCAGCAGCUACAGCCCCCCCCAGCAAACCUAUACCCCGACCUAUAACCAGGGAGGGUACACCCAGCCAGCUUACACAGCGCCUCCGCCCCCGCCCCCGCCACCCCCUCCCACCUACAACUAUGGGAGCUACACCGCCUACACCCCCCCUUACACCACCCCCCCGCCGCCCCCCACCGCACAGACCUACAAUCAACAGAACUACAACCAAUAUCAGCAGUACGCCCAGCAAUGGAACCAGUACUACCAGGGCCAGUGGCCACCAUACUAUGGCAACUAUGACUACGGGAGCUAUUCGGGGAACACACAGGGGGGCUCGAGCACGCAGUAGCUGGGGCUGCCCCAGAGGCCUGGCCUACUCUCCCAAGUCAGUCUGCCCGGCCGCCUCCGUCCGUCCGUCUGUCCGUCUGUCUGUCCUCAGCUCCUGCCUUUUUGCCCAACCUCCCACUGAGAAGGCGCGUGAUUUCCUCCGUCCUCUCCCACUCUUUCCAGUUCCACAAUGCAGCAAAAAAAAAAAAAGAAAGAACCCCCCUUUGCUUUUUAUUCUUUUUUUUUCUUUUUGACUUUCGAACACCAGCCCUGUGCCGCCCACCCCUGCUCCUUCCCCCACUCGGAGGCCUGUGGGCCUCGAGGGGAAAGCACUCAGAAGCUCCAGGGGCCAGAGGAGAGCCCAGGAGGGGGCCAUGGUUGCCGCCCUGGAUUUCUCCUCCUCCCCCUCAGCUUUCCAGGCCUUCUUGGAACCAACCCCUGCUGGAGAUGUUUUAUUGUCUGAAACUUUGCAGAAAAAAAAACAAAAAACAAAAAACAAAAAAAGGAAAAAAAAAAAAGAAAAAAGAUGGAGGGAGGAAGAGGCAAGCCAGAUGUUUUAUGGUAAUUAUGCUGUUUUUUAAUUUUUAGAAUUUAUGUCAGUUUUUACUGUGGGACGGCUGUUAAUAUUUCAUCAAGGUAACAAUUUCUUUGCUGAGUUCAGGUGACUGAGGAAGAGCACGCAUCCACUUGGGAAACGAAACCACGAAAUCAUCUUUAACCUAACUUUUUAUACAAUGUCUAAGUUCCCGUAACUUUGCACACGCUUCUGUGUUGAGUUGAAUUGUAACUGCUUUUUGUAUUUGGAGAGAGUGACUAUUGAACUUUAAAACUUUUAUUCUA